AUGGCAAUUAAUAAUAGUUACAGAUUUGCAUUUGAUAAACCCUUACUUAAUAAAGCUGCUGCUCAUAAUGAAGCUGCUGCUUUUAAUGAAACUACCACUCAUAAAGAAACUGUUGCCCUUAAUAAAACCACUACCUAUAACGAAUUUGCUGCCUUUAAUAAAACUGCCACCCAUAACAAAGUUGCCACCUUUAACGAAGCUGCUGCUUACAGCAAAGCUGCUGUUCGCAAUGAAGCUGCUACACUUAAUGAGCAAGAACUUGCCAAUAUAGUUAUAAAUUAUACUCAAACAUGUGCUAAUCAAUUUUCACUAUAUAUACUUGAGGAACAUAAGGGUUUUUGCAAAUUUACUUUGCCACUUAAUACAUAUUGUAGUUGGAUGAAAAAAGAGGAGGCCGCAAAAAAUAUUAAUUUUUUAAAGUUUCGUGAAACUUAUAAAAAUAAGAAUGGUGUCUGGUCUGAAUAUUAUACUUGUUCCUGGGCUAGUACAAAACAAAUACAUACUGAUCGUAUAGAAGAUGGUGUUUCUCAGAAAAAACGAUGUGUUCAAAAGGAAUCAAAAAAAGUUAGGUGCAAAUGUGUUUUGCAAAUUAAUUAUCAAUCGGCUACCUUUUCUAAUGAGGUUGUUGUAGUUAAUUAUUGGCAUAAGCACAAUGGUCAUAUACCAGAUAGUCAUGCUGAUGUUUAA